GUGUGACAUGUUACUAACAAACACAAGCCCAGGUACCACAGUAUUUCCAUGUACUUGCAGUUGUAGCUGUGCACAACCCCAUGUAGUGCAUAAUUAGCGGAACUCUACACAUUGCAAUGUCAAUAAGCGACUGUGUUGUUUGUGUCAGCCCGACCUGGCUUCUGGUUGCUGCUGUAAGUAUACUCGGCCUGUGGCUCGGAACGCGGAAACCGCAGCACAUACCCCCAGGACCGCCGACACUGCCGCUGAUCGGCAAUCUCCUCUCCUUGUCGGGGGGUGAUGUCAGACACAUCUUCCAGAAGUUAAGGAAACAGUAUGGCGAUGUAUUCAGCCUAUAUUUUGGCAACAAGCUCGUCAUUGUCUUCAAUGGCUAUGAAACACUGAAAGAGGCGUUUGUGAAGUAUGGAGACAAUUUCAGCGACCGGCCAAAGGGGCUGAUGUAUGACGAAUAUACAAAGAGAAUGGGCGUCGUGAGCUCAAGCGGUCAAUUGUGGAAAGAACAAAGAAAAUUCUCUCUCUCCGUUUUGCGUGACCUUGGCCUUGGCAAGAGUGUCAUGGAAACACGGAUACACGAAGAAGUGAUGUCUUGCCUCGACGCCAUCCUGUCUCAGAACGGCGCUGCCUUCGACAUUAGCAGCAUCAUCAACAAAAGCGUUUGCAACAUAAUAUCGUCCCUGGCCUUCGGGAAGAGUUUUGAACAUGACGACCCUGAAUUCCGAUGUUACAUGAACACAUUAAACGAGAAGAUGAAGGUAGUGGGCGGGACGUCUCUGGGUCACUUCUUUCCCAUCUUGAAGUAUUGUCCUGGAGAUCCUCUGAAAGUGGGAACUUUUGGAGCCAGCGACAAAAUAAUGCGGGACUUCAUACGGAAACAGAUAGCGUUACACAAGAGGGACCCAAUACUUCAACAAGAGGACGACUUUGCUAAUGCUUAUCUCAGGGAAAUCGACAAACAGCUAACAGUAAAUGCAGAAAACACUACAUUUAGUGAUGAGAUGUUGGUAUGUAUCAUCGUCGAGUUUUUCGUGGCUGGAACGGAGACGACCGCAACGACACUGCGGUGGGCUCUCCUGUACCUGAUCCUGCACCCAGACAUCCAGGAGAAGGCACAGCUAGAGCUGGACCAGGUCUUUGAGAAGGAGCAGCAGCCCUCAAUGAGUGACAGGCGUUGCCUCCCCUUCAUGGAAGCUCUCAUCAUGGAGGUGCAGAGGCUUGCUGAUGUUGUCCCCUUCUCGGUGCCCCACGCGCCUCCCCAGACCACACAAUUCAGGGGAUUCACCAUUCCCGAGAACACCAUGCUGCUUCCGAACAUCAGCUCCGUCCUGUCCGACCCCGAUGUGUGGGGGUAUCCUGAAACAUUCAGACCGGAGAGGUUCCUAGACGAGAGCGGAAGUGUCCGUCGAGAUGAGGCAGUCAUCCCCUUCUUCAUGGGAAGAAGAAUAUGCCUUGGUGAGUCACUAGCCCGGAUGGAACUGUUUCUGUUUCUGGCGUCACUGCUGAAAACGUUCACAUUCCGGCUGCCGGAAGUGGAAGCUCCACCAGAUCUUGAAGGAAUUCUGGGUAUAACCCGGAUGCCACGGCCUUUUAGAAUAAUCGCCACUCCUAGACACAACACCUGACCAUCUCUGUGUAAUAAGGGCCACAUCUCCCCAAAUAAAGCCAAAAUCUGUGAUAAAGCGUCAAAGUUUGGCAAAUCGUCCUCCUUGAAAAUUCAACAGACCUCAUUUGUAAUAUGUCAUUUUGUAUUACUGAAAAACGAAAUUUGGUGCCCGCGAAUAAAAACGAGGUUUCCAACCGGAUAUGAAAGGACACGCAGUUGAAGUGAAUAACACAAUUUAAAGGCAAAGAUACUGCCUGAUGACAUUUUAGCACUGGCUGAUUAUGUCACAGUUGAGAAUCCGACAAAAUGUUCCUUGAUGAUAACAUAGCAAUAAAUGCCAUACACAGAAACAGGCCCUGAUAUCUGAGA